CUUUCACCAAACUGAGUGAUGGCGGCCGUCGUGUCUGUUAGUACAGCUGCCAGAGAUGAAAGCACAGACACAGGGAUCAGUUUUGCCCCGCGUCCGCUUCACGAUAAUUACGACCUCGCUGAGGAUCACGAAAGCUGGAUGUCCGGAGGAGACCACCGGUAUACCGAACUCGAACCCAGCGGAGAGGACUCAACGUCGGACCGCGAGUGUCAGCGGAGGGUCGACGAGGACUUGACAUCACUGAGCCCCGAAGAAAUUGAGAGCCGCUUAGAAAGAACUCGCCGGGAGUUUUACAACCGUAGAAAGAUUAUCAUAAAAAAUCUACCCUCUGACGUUAGCAAUCAGGAGGUCCAUGAGCUGUUGGGAAAUUAUGACUUGAAGUACUGCUUUGUUGACAAAUACAAGGGCACAGCCUUUGUGACACUGCUCAAUGGGGAACAGGCGCAGUGUGCCAUCAAAGACUUCCACCAGCAUGUGCUCCGGGACAGGGACAUCUCUGUGCAGCUGCAGCCAACAGACGCUCUGCUGUGCAUCGCCAACUUGCCUCGCGCCUUCACCCAGCAGCAGUUUGAGGAGCUGGUGCGACCCUUCGGUAACCUUGAGCGCUGCUUUCUGGUGUACAGCGCCUUCACGGGGCACUCCAAGGGCUAUGGCUUUGUGGAGUACAUGAAGAAGGACUCUGCUGCCAGGGCCAAGUCGGAGCUGUUGGGAAAGCAGCUGGGCUCCCGCAUGCUGUACGUCCACUGGACUGAAGUUGGCUCCCUCACAUAUCCACUGCUGCACUCUAAAUGCGUUUGCGUGGACCGCCUGCCCCCGAGCCUGGUGACUGCCCAAGACCUCCGCAACGCCCUGGCUGAUACCCAUGCGCCAGUCUUCUGCCAGUUGGCUCAGGGACAAGAUGGAAGUUUUCGUCGGUUUGCGGUGUUGGAAUUUGCCUCUGCUGAGAUGUCGGAGGAGGCACAGCGGCUCGCUGAUGGCAGGCUGCUGGGCGGGGCACACAUCAGGGUGUCCUUCUGCGCCCCUGGCCCUCCCGGUAGAAGCAUGUUGGCUGCUCUGAUCGCUGCCCAAACCAUGGCUGUGAAUAGGGGUAAAGGUCUCCUCCCUGAUCCCACAGCCAUGCAGAUACUUACAGGCCUCAAUAACCCCGCCACCCUCAAGAUGCUGCUCAACCCACUGUCACAGGGGCCCAAACAAGGCCUCCUCGGGGCGGCCCCUACGAUGCCCCUGCUGGCCAACCCUGCCCUCUCCGCAGCCUUCCUCCAGCUGCUCCUGCAGAACCAGGCCAAGGCGCAGCAGGCGGGUCUCAUUGGGGAGAAUCCUCUGGCCGCUCUGCCUGUCCAGCAGGGAGUCCAUCUGCUCGGAGACCUGCCCCAAGUCCCGGGUCUUGGUCUUCAGACGGAUCCCAUGGCUUCCCUGAAGCCAAUGCCACUCUGCAGAUCCCUGGCGAGGGAGCAGGAGUCCCCCACAGCAGCGUGCACCUUCCCCCAGACUUCCUCUCCCACCCUGCAGGGCAUCUCUGUGCCCCUGAUGGGUGGCAUGAUGGGAGCAGAUGGCCUCACAGCACAAGGGGUCUCCAUAUUAGGAGAUCCUCCUAAAGAUGUGAACCAUCCCCAGAGUGCCUUCCUCGGUGUCAAUGUUUUUCCCUCAGGAGGAAGCUGCAGACCUCACCCCUACAGGAAGAGACCUACACUGAGUAAUGUGUCCAACCAGCACACGUACCAGAGCAUUCAGCCAAACUACAACCUGCGCUACCAGGAUUCCUACAGCCCAGAAUAUCCUCCUCUACACCAGGAUCCUCUGGCACACUUGUAUGAACAGCAGGAGAACCUUGAUACUGGAGCCUUUGUGGGAUUUGGUCAGCAGCUCUUUCGUCACCCCGACUACAGUGAGCGUUUCCCCCACUACAGUUACCCUUCCAGCGAACCCAUGUCCUCAUACUUCAGCUCAGGGCCCGAGGCCUCCACUAACGGCAGCCUCCCUAACACGCAUCUCAACAGGGCUGUGGGAAUGCCUCCUGUGAGCCACACCACCAACUACCCCCCAGGCCUGGUGAAUGCUUCGAAGACUCCCAUUGGUAGCCACAAGCGUGUGUUCUCCCGGCUGAUCCCAUCUCCAGAGCCGAGCCCCGAGGGAGGCUACGUGGGCCAGCACUCUCAGGGCCUUGGUGGUCAUUAUGCGGACUCCUACCUGAAGCGAAAGCGUAUAUUCUAAGUGCGGCUGAAUGCUUCCUGCUGAAGGAGUAGCCAUUCAGCAGCCAGGACACAAUGGCAUCUCCUCCGGUCUCCUUAAAUAAACUUUAUAGCGUGGUGGUCCUUGGAUUUGUCUCUGUGUACUCCUGUGAGUGACCCCUGGAGGGUGCCGGGGAGUGCAGCCUGUUGCUAUCUGGACAGUUGUGUCACUCUAUUGGAAUUCUUGGUGGUUGUAUUUUUUCCUGUUUGUAUAUAUGAUUUUAGUGUGUUGGUAAAUUUUAAGUUUUUAAUUUUUUCCUUUUUAAAGAUUUUGAAUUUUAAAUUCCUGUUGAAAAACUUGUACAGAAAGAAAAAAUGGGUAAUUAGCUAAUUAAGUAUUUUCUCUUAAUCGUCUUUUAUUCCUGAGUGGUGCAUCAGCAGAGCUGCAGAUAGUUUGGCCAGUUUUCAGUGGCAGCCAUAGGCUGCUUUUUAUAAUGUUUGACAUCCCACUAAAGUGAUGCUGUCCACAGUUCCAGGCAAAGGGACUUGCAUAUUAUUAAAACCGGCUCUACUUUUUAAAUAGCCUUCCUUAUUCAAUGUAAAAAGUUCAGUUGUUGUGUUGGUGUUUUUGUUCCCCCUCCUACCACAGGGUUGUAUAUUUUGCUGUAUGACUCUAUUUCUAGAUUCAGGCCUCUCAUUGGUUAACAUGCAGCUUUCCAUCCACCAAUGACGGCUGUAUGGACCGGCCUGUGUAUUAUGACGGUGAAGCUUUUUUACCUUCAGGCAUAUUUUCUCAAGCCUCAUCUUUUCCACGUGGUUUGUCUUUUGAUCCACACCCUCCAACUUGUUUACAGAGUUUGUUCUCUACACUGGUUGAGUGAUGCACUUGGAGGUCACGAUGCUACUUUGUUCUCACCUCUAUAAGAUGCCAUUUUCAAGUCUCCUCUCACUUGUGUGUCCAGGUGUCGCGUAUUUUCUGUGUUUAUGUGAGUUCUGUUUUGCUAAGUAAAAAUUUUGAAUGUCCUAAAGUCCAAAGACCAGGCUGAGUGUUUGGACUUGGUUGGGUGGGGCGGUGGACAUGCGCUGUGUGCUAUCCCGAGACUCUGGGAGGCACUAAUGGAAGCUAGUAGCAGGUGAUUGGUCAGUGACAUGGCUGUCCUUUUUUUUUUUUUUUAUAAUUAUCUGGUUGACAGUUUGAUUGUGAAAACCCAUUACCUCUGACUUCUGCUAGGAAAUGCAGCUACACUUGAGCCUUAACAGUGUUUUCUGUGACAUCAUCCUGCCCUGUGUUGGCUUCCACCUACAUUUACCAUUUCUGUGUUAUUUGCUGUGUAAAUAGUUAAGCGUGAUAAUUUUCCCCCCUGAGUCCAAAACUUUUGUUUUCUUUAAUCAUACCUGCCUCUGGUCGGGUGUUUUGAAUGAAUUUGCUGCUCCUCGUGUUCUUGUCGUUUGCCUGUAUGCUUGACAGCUGAUGUGACAGAGUGGCCCCCCCCCCAGCAGACCGCUCGUGCUGCGUAUGGACCAAGAGAUGCAGCCGUGCUGUAUGAUCAUUUAAUUUUGAUCCAUUUGAGUCUAACUGCCAUCUUCUCAUCUGUACCGCCAUGGUUGUCUCUGUGUGUGUGUGUGUGUGUGUGUGAUGUGAGCAAGUAAAUGUUAUUUAAACUCAUGUUGUUGUGAACUCGUCAUUUAAAUGAAUUUAAUCUUUACUCUGGGAAAAUCUGCAUUUAACAUGAAAAUCUUUUGUGGUUUACCUAAAAUGUUCCAACAUGUUUCUUGGGACUUGUUUGGUUCAACACUUUCCAUUAGCCCGUACUUUGCUCUUAAAGCACAACUGCCUUAAGAGUUUUGUUUUUGUACUGAUUCCCAGAUUCAUUUUAGUGCGA